AUGGCGGACUGGACUCGGGGUGAGCGCGGCAGGACCGGGACCGACGUCGCUGCCCGCAGGAGCAGCCUGCGGGGUCUGGAGCUCCGUGUUGGGACGCGGGGCCCCCACCCGCUCCGCUCCCGGGAGAUCCCGCCUCAGAGUCCUGGUGCUGUGGAGGAGAUUCUAGACCAAGAGAACAAGCGGAUGGCUGACAGCCUGGCCUCCAAGGUCACCAGGCUCAAAUCGCUGGCCCUGGACAUCGAUAGGGAUGCGGAGGACCAGAACCAGUACCUGGAUGGCAUGGACUCAGAUUUCACAAGCAUGACCAGCCUGCUUACGGGGAGUGUGAAGCGCUUUUCCACAAUGGCAAGGUCCGGGCGAGACAACCGGAAGCUUCUGUGUGGUAUGGCUGUGGGCCUGAUUGUGGUCUUCUUCAUCCUCACCUACAUCUUGUCGAGGGCGAGGACAUGAGCCAUGGGAGCUGGCUUCUGUGGGUGACAAGGGUGGCCAGGGUCUCCCCUGCCUGGCAUCCUGGGCUCCAGAGGACUCACCUGCAAAAUACUCCUGUGCAUUUACAAUCGUGGGUUAGGAAUCUUUCUGUGUAGCAGGAGGCCGCGGUACCUCUAACCCAUCGAGUUCACGUUGGCUAGUCCCAUGUGUGGAAGGGACUCUUUCCCUCAGGGAAACCAAGGCCCAGCCCUCACCCUCACCCCUAGGUGCUAGAGACCCCAGCAGAGCUGGGGCCACAGCGUGUUGGGAAGAACCAGGUCUGAGCAGAGCAGCUGUCAAAUCCUGGGCAUGGCAACCUGUGACUGGCAGCUGUUCUGCUAGCUCUCUGGGCUCUGACACCUUAAGGCCACUCUCAACAUUUGUGAUCUGAGGUGCCUGGAGCUGACACAGGAGAGAGCUGUGGCUGUGAACUUCUAGGGAGUGCCCUCUCUUCCAACUGAGGGUCUUUGCCUGGAGACAUUUACCCUGGCCAGGGCUUCUGAGUAUGGGUGGACCGGCGCAGGGUGGAGCCCCUGCUGCAAGGCCCUUGGGCCUGACUUCAGCUGCACAGGUGGAGGAGUGGACACACAGCCUUGGCUGGAGGCACUGGCCCAGGACCUGUCUGGGUCAUAUGGUUGCGUUUCCAGGAGCAGAAAGUCAUGCUGUCAGGCCUCAGGACCCAGCACCAAAGAUGUUCCCAGGGAAAUGGACCUAGACACGGACUGGUCUGGCAUUUCAGAGUCAGGCAGAGUGUUGGAGGCGAGAGGCUUCUCUGAGAGGACCCUCUUUGUAAGACCUGUAGGCCACCUGUAGAGAGUCGCCUCUCAGUUGUGGGUAAUUUUUGCCCCCCAUGAAGCCCUGCCCUUCCUCCCAUGGCCAAUCUUUGCCGUGACCAAGCUCUGUGCCCUUUCUUGUCCCCAGCCUCUGCAGACUGCCUGUCUCACCCAUCUCUCUCUGGGCCCUCAAGUCCACUUGGCCAGCUCCAUGUUGACAGAACUAAACGUUUUCCCACCCCACAGUGCGAUCUCAACACCUUUGUCUUUGUGUAAAGACACCCUUAAGGAAUGAGCCCUGCAGCUCUGAUCUUCUGCCUUCCAGUUGCUCCCUAGGACUGUUGGCUCACUGUCCACCCACCCACGUGGCCAUACCAUGUGUCCUGUCCAUCCACAACUGCUUCCUCUGAACCCGAUGGAUCAGCCACAGCCGGGCGCUGGCUCUGCCUUGCUCUGGCCUUCAGCCCCGGGCACCCUCGCCUUGCCAUCCCCUUCCUCCACCUCCAUCCAGCAGGCCAUCUUUCUUUGUGCACACCUGCCACAACCUCCUUUUCUUGUCGCCUGGCCCUUCCAUUGCACCUGGCUGGGCCCCUAAGUGUGCUGGAGGUGGGGAUGCCUUCUUGCUUCCGAGCUCCCUGUCCUAACCUCCUCCCAUCCAGCACAGGCUCAGCUCUCAUCUGGCAAGGCCGGCUUGACUGCCUUGUGUCUCUGGGGCUUUGCUGUUUCCCUGAAACCCUCCCCUCUGGGCUGGCCUCCCCUUCGCAGGGCCAUCCUCAUUUCCCAGUGUCCUUGUGCGCCAUGGCUGGGGCUUGUCUCUUGGUCACCAAGCGCCACAGCUGCCUGCAUUGUGCCCCGUCCGGUCACUGUGGACACCACAUCUAUACCCCAAUUGUGCAUCCCCCCGUUUUUCGGGGCCGCGUGGUGCUGACCUCCACUUCCCAAGAACACAGCUGAGCCGUGGGGAACAAACCAGAGCCCAGCAGGUGUUUGCUGUGAGCAGUGCCCGUUCGUCUUGCUGCUGCCACCUUGCUCCUCAGGCCUCCGUCCCCCUUCCCCUCCAUCUCUGGCAACUCUGGGCUCUGGGCUGUAGGUCCCUUCCGGUUGGCUGUUUUGUUUCUCGUUUUUCUCAUCAUGUGAGGGUGAGUUCCAUGAAGGGGAACGGCAGCCCUGUGAGUUUGUCACACCAGAGUCCCCGAGGGCCCCACCCUCCCCCUCUGGCUCUGCCCUGUACACGCAGCACCUGGACCUGUGGAUUAGUGGGGUUAGCUGCCUUUGGUCCCUGAUGCAAUAAAACAAAACCUCGGGGGCCCAGUGUGAGGGCCGGGAUUGUCCACUCUGCCAAGUGAGGGCAAACUGCCAGUUUGUAUCCCAUAAUUCAAGAGUAAGACAUUUUAACACUAAAAAUUUGGAAUAAACAUAGCUUCAUGAAGUAACCACA